AUGUUCGACAAGCUUGUCCGGACAAGGUGGCCCACGCCUUCCUUGGGAGCAGUCCAAUUGCUGGCUGUUCAGAAGGCUCUACCCUUCUGUCUGCGGGAGCUUUACUGGGCAGGACCGAUGGCUUUGGCCAUCAUUAUUAUGAUCCCCUGGGAGUGUGUGGCUGUCGGGUCUUCGAAGUGCGCAUGUGCUGCUGUUCUGUCAGCGCACAUUGCCCGCUAA